UCGGCAGAAUUCUUCGAAAUGCUGGAAAAGAUGCAGGCACCAAAACUGGAAGAACAGAGGUCUGGAAGCCAAAAACACAAGGAAGACUAUAUCCCAUACCCCAGCAUCGAUGAGAUCCUGGAGAAGGGCAGCCCAUACCCGCUGAUCAUCCUGCCCCAGUUCGGGGGGUACUGGAUUGAAGACCCAGAAAACCUUGGCACGCCCACGUCGUCCGACAGCAGCAUCUGUGAGGAGGAGGAGGAGAACCUCAGCCCCAGCACCUUUGGCUACAAGCUGGAGUGCAAGGGAGAGGCCAGAGCCUACCGCAAGCAUUUCCUGGGGAAGGAUCAUUUAAAUUUCUACUGUACAGCCAGCAGUCUCGGAAAUCUGAUCCUUUCUGUUAAAUGUGAGGAGACAGAUGGCACAGAAUAUUUAAGGGUUAUACUCAGGUCCAAAGUGAAGACGUUGCAUGAAAGGAUCCCAUUGGCAGGACUCAGCAAACUCCCAAGUAUCCCCCAGAUUGCAAAGGCCUUCUGUGACGAUGCCUCCGGGCUGAAGUUUAACCCAGUUCUUUACCCCAAGGCAUCCCAGAUGAUAGUGUCUUAUGAUGAACAUGAAGUCAACAAUACAUUCAAGUUUGGUGUGAUCUAUCAGAAGUUCAGGCAGACCCAAGAGGAGGAGCUGUUUGGCAAUAAUGAAGAGAGUGCUGCCUUCAAGAACUUCCUGAGUUUUCUGGGAGACACCAUAACACUCCAGGACUUCAAAGGUUUUCGAGGAGGUCUGGAUGUCAGCCACGGGCAGACGGGAGUGGAGUCUGUGUACACGGUGUUCAGGGAUAGGGAGAUAAUGUUUCACGUCUCUACAAAGCUGCCUUUUACCGAAGGAGACACGCAACAACUCCAGAGGAAGAGGCACAUUGGCAAUGACAUCGUGGCAAUUAUCUUCCAAGAGGAGAACACGCCAUUUGUCCCAGACAUGAUUGCCUCCAACUUCCUGCAUGCUUACAUUGUGGUGCAAGUGGAAAACCUUGAGGCAGAUAACACGAUGUACAAGGUGUCGGUCACGGCCCGGGAAGACGUCCCCUCCUUUGGCCCUCCCCUGCCAAGCCCGCCGGUGUUCCAGAAGAGUCCUGAGUUCCGGGAGUCGCUGACCAAGCUUAUCAAUGCUGAGAAUGCCUGCUGCAAGUCCGACAAGUUUGCAAAGCUGGAGGACCGGACGCGGGCUGCCUUGUUGGACAACCUUCAUGACGAGCUCCACGGGCACACGCAGACCAUGCUGGGGCUGGGGCCCGAGGAGGACAAGCUGGAGAAUGGUGGACACGGAGGCUUUCUGGAGUCUUUCAAGAGAGCCAUCCGGGUGCGCAGCCACUCCAUGGAGACCAUGGUGGGCAGCCAGAAGAAGCACCACGGCGGUGGCAUCCCAGGCAGCCUCAGUGGGGGCAUCGCGCACAACAGUGGCGAGGUGACCAAGACCACCUUCUCGCCUCCUGUACCAGCUGCUGCAGCCAAGAACCAGUCCAGGAGCCCCAUCAAGCGCCGGUCGGGACUGUUCCCUCGCCUGCACACGACGUCGGAGAGCCAGGCAGAGAGCAGGACGAGGUGUGACAGCGUUUCUGGAGCCCAGAAGACACCAGAUUUGGGACAUUCUUCCCAAGAGAUGAAGUCUGAAACGUCGUCCAACCCCAGCUCCCCUGAAAUAUGCCCCAACAAAGACAGGCCAUUUAUCAAGCUGAAAGAGAACGGGCGGUCGAACAUCUCCCGUUCCUCCUCCAGCACCAGCAGCUUCAGCAGCACGGCGGGCGAGAGCGAGACCCUGGAGGAGUACGACAGCGUGGGAAGUCAACCCUCCACCGCGUCACCGUUCAAGCAGGACGUGUUUGUCUACAGUGCUUCGCCCGGCAGCGAGAGCCCCAGCACGGGAGCCACGGCCACCCCUGUCAUCAUGAGCAGGAGCCCCACAGAUGUAAAGAAUAGAAACUCUCCAAGGUCCAACCUGAAGUUUCGCUUCGACAAGCUCAGCCACGGCAGCUCCAGCAUG